AUGGCAGCCUCUUGGUGUGCCCUGCGUGGUGGCCGUCAAUUGGCCUUGCGGACGCGCGUGCGCGUUGGCCCUUCGCCCGUUGCGCUGCGGACAGCAUCCAUGACACCCGCCACUAUCUCUCGACGCAGUCUGCAUACCUCCCAGAAUGCAAAUGCAACUGCUAGCACGACGACGCCUCGUCGUGGGGUCUACACCAGCUCCGUCAAUGCCCACGGCAUUCCUCACCCGGAGGAUAUUUUCCAACCACUCGAUACCUUUCCCCGUCGCCACAUUGGCCCUUCUCCCGAGGCCGCCUCGGAAAUGCUCGCCGCGCUGGAUCCUCCCGUAGCAUCUCUUGAUGAGUUUGUAAAGCAGGUGCUUCCAGCAGACAUUCUCUCCAAGAAGGAUAUGAAGGUGUCGCAGCCUCAGGUCGAUAUCAACCUAUAUCGAUCACCCGUCCAGGGCGGGUUGGGCGAGACGGACAUGUUGAAAUUGCUGGACUCGUACCGCAAGCAAAUCGACAUUUCGGGCAAGACCUACAUCGGAACCGGCUACUACCCGACCAUUGUGCCUCCGGUGAUUCUCCGCAAUGUGCUGGAGAACCCUGCCUGGUACACCAGCUACACACCUUACCAGCCCGAGAUUUCCCAGGGCCGUCUGGAGUCGCUGCUUAACUUCCAGACCCUGACUGCGGACUUGACGGGCCUGCCUUUUGCCAAUGCCUCCGUCUUGGACGAGGCUACCGCUGCUGCUGAGGCCAUGACUAUGUCUUACGCGACUAUGCCCACUUCCAAGCAAAAGAAGGCCGACAAGUCCUACGUCGUCUCUCAUCUUUGCCACCCACAGACCAUCGCCGUGAUGCAGUCUCGCGCCGAGGGAUUCGGGAUCAAUCUGGUGGUCGGUGACAUCAUGGCCAAUGACUUCCAGCUGGUCAAGGACCAGGGCGAUCACCUGAUUGGUGUUCUCGGUCAGUACCCCGACACCGAGGGUGGUAUCUACGACUUCCAGUCUCUCAGUGAAUCGAUCCAUAGCCAGGGCGGUACUUUCAGCGUUGCGACCGAUCUCCUCGCCUUGACUGUCCUGAAGGCCCCCGGCGAGUUUGGCGCGGACAUCGCCUUUGGUAGCGCGCAGCGCAUGGGCGUCCCGAUGGGUUUCGGUGGUCCCCACGCGGCUUUCUUCGCUUGUGCCGACAAGUACAAGCGCAAGGUCCCCGGUCGUGUGGUGGGCGUGUCCAAGGAUCGUCUGGGUAACCGGGCUUUGCGUCUGGCUCUUCAGACCCGUGAGCAGCACAUUCGCCGUGAGAAGGCCACAAGUAACAUUUGCACUGCUCAGGCCUUGCUUGCCAACAUGACUUCCAUGUACGCCAUCUACCACGGUCCCGAGGGACUCAAGGCGAUCGCGCAGCGGAUCAUGUCCAUGACUGGAUUGCUCCGUGAGAAGCUGGCUGGGCUCGGCUACAACGUCCCCUUCCGCUCCAACGUGGAGGGAGGUGCCUUGUUCGACACCCUCACUAUUGAGCUUUCGGACGCCUCCGAGGCGGACGCUGUGUACGCUGCCGCGCUCAAGGCCAACAUCUUCCUCCGCCGUCUGGACGGCAACAAGGUCGGUCUGUCGCUGGAUGAGACCGUGGGUCGCGACGAGGUCAAGGGAAUCUUGGACGUCUUCGCCGCUCACAAGGGAGCCUCUCCUGUCCAGGUGGACGGCGCCCUGGCUCUGGCCACGGUUCCUGCUGCUCUGGAGCGCACCUCUCCCUACUUGACGCAUCCCGUGUUCAACACCCACCACUCCGAGACAGAAAUGCUUCGCUACAUCCGUCACCUCGAGUCCAAGGAUCUGUCUCUUGCCCACUCCAUGAUCCCGCUCGGAUCGUGCACCAUGAAGCUCAACGCUACCACUGAGAUGAUCCCUGUCUCCUGGCCCGAGUUUUCUCAGAUCCACCCCUUCAUGCCUGCUGACAAGGCCAAGGGUUAUAUUCAGAUGAUUGACGACCUGGAGGCGCAGUUGGCUGAUAUUACCGGUAUGGCCGAGGUAACUGUGCAGCCCAACUCGGGUGCCCAGGGCGAAUUCGCCGGUCUGCGUGUCAUCAAGAAGUACCAGGAAGCCCAGGGCGAUGCGAAGCGCAAUGUUUGUCUGAUUCCCGUCUCUGCCCACGGCACCAACCCCGCCUCGGCUGCGAUGGCUGGUAUGCGCGUGGUGACCAUCAAGUGUGACACCAAGACCGGGAACCUGGACCUGGAUGACCUCAAGGCCAAGUGUCAGAAGCACAAGGAUGAGCUUGCCGCAUUCAUGAUCACUUACCCCAGCACAUUCGGUGUCUUCGAGCCCGGUGCCAAGGAGGCUUGCCGGCUGGUUCACGAAUACGGCGGUCAAGUGUACAUGGAUGGUGCGAACAUGAACGCCCAAAUUGGUCUUUGCUCCCCCGGUGAGAUUGGCGCCGAUGUGUGCCACUUGAACCUGCAUAAGACUUUCUGCAUCCCUCACGGUGGUGGUGGUCCUGGUGUUGGCCCCAUCGGUGUGGCCGCUCACCUGGCUCCAUACCUGCCCUCUCACCCCAAGAGCGAGUAUCUCCAGGCCAAGCGCGGCUCCUCUUCCUCCCCGCCCAUCUCCGCCGCGCCCUGGGGUAGCGCCAGCAUCCUCCCCAUCACCUUCAACUACAUCAACAUGAUGGGCGACCGAGGCCUCACCCACGCCACCAAGAUCACCCUGCUGAACGCCAACUACCUCCAGUCUCGACUCAAAGCGCACUACCCCAUCCUCUACACCAACGACCACGGUCGCUGCGCUCACGAAUUCAUCCUCGAUGUGCGCGGCUUCAAGGAGACCUGCGGUAUCGAGGCGAUUGACAUUGCCAAGCGUCUGCAGGAUUACGGAUUCCACGCUCCGACAAUGUCCUGGCCCGUUGCCAACACGCUCAUGAUCGAGCCCACCGAGUCCGAGAACAAGGCAGAACUGGACCGUUUCUGUGAUGCCUUGAUCUCCAUUCGCGCCGAGAUUGCCGAGGUCGAAUCCGGCAAGCAGCCCCGCGAGGGGAAUGUUCUGAAGAACUCCCCUCACACCCAGCGGGAUCUGCUGACGAGCGAGUGGAGCAGACCUUAUACUCGUGAGACGGCUGCGUACCCACUACCUUGGCUGUUGGAGAAGAAGUUCUGGCCGACUGUCACCCGCGUUGAUGAUGGUGAGUUUGAAUCCCUCUAUCCCGUAAACUCAGGUAGAUUUUGUGUGAUCACAGUGACUAACUCUUUCUUUUUCCAUUCUUUCACAGCUUAUGGCGACCAGAACCUUUUCUGUACCUGUGGCCCCGUUGAUGAAACUGAAUAG